AUGCUUGGGUUCUUCGAUUUUGGAUGAUUAUAUUUUUUUUUCUUCUAUUUGAUCAUGAAUUUUCAAAAAUUGAAUCAAAUCAUGAAUUUUAUUUGGGGGUGAAAGUGCGAGAAAUGGUGAAGAGGAUGGCUUUCUUACCGAAGUUGAGAGUGGAAAUUGUGGUAGUUUGGAGCUCGCCAACAGAGUCUAAGACCAUUUGGAGAAGGAUCAACUCAAAGCAGGAACUUAAGGAUAUUCAGCAACUACAUUGGCGCCGUCUGUGGGAACCCGAACAAAAGUCAUCACCAGAAGUUAAGAUGCUCCUCCCGCGGCCCCCCAACCAGCCCAACAGCCUGCUAACUCCUGCUUCCCAAGCACAAUCCCAUAUACCACCCCAGCCCCAAAACCCGCCUCAACCAACUGCCUCAGAUGUCUCAAAGAGGCUAGACAACAUAGAAAAGCUGUUAGCCGAGAACAAAAACCCACAGCCACAGACCCCACCUAUAUCAGCCUCCAUCCCCACUCCUCUCAAUACCAAAAUUACCCAAGAGCCAUAUCCACCCGGUUUCAGGAUGCCACAGUUCGAAACUUAUGAUGGCACUAAAGACCCUGAUGACCACUUACAUGCAUUUUUCUCCAUCAUGCAGGCUCAAAACGCCUCAGACGCACUCAUGUGCAAGAUGUUCCCCUCCACAUUGCGCGGCAAUGCCCGGACCUGGUAUCACACCCUGCGUCCGAACUCGAUUAAUGCAUAUGCCGAGCUGGCCACCUCCUUUGCCACCAAAUUCUCAAGCAGAAGGUUGAUAAAAAAGACGACACCCGAGCUCAUGUGGAUAACACAAAGAGAUGGUGAAUCCUUGAAGAACUACAUGAACAGGUUCAAUGAUGCCAUGUUGGAGGUCAACGCCUUCGACGAAGCAGUGGGAAUAACUGCCGUGAUACAAGGCCUCAACCAUGAUCGGUUUCGAGAUAACUUAAUCAAGCACACCCCAACCACUUUGACGAGGUCAAUCAGAGAUCCCUCAAGUUCAUUAAGGCCGAGGAAAACGUCCUCUCCAAACCCCAACCCCCCAAAGAAGCUAGAACCCUCGCUUGGAGAGAAGAAGGCCAGAGCAGAAAGAACCCCUCUACAGAGCCCAGCGGUAAGCAGAGACCACACCAGAUACUGUGACUUUCACCAAGAUCACGGACAUACCACGGAAGAUUGCCAUAGUUUGAAGUCCGAGCUGGAAAGUUUGGCCCCGAAAGGGAUGCUGAAUGAAUACAUUCAGAACAGAAGUUUACCAAAGUUUGUCAAAGAACAGGGACAGGCCCAAGGGUCCCGAGCAGCAAACAACAAAGAUGGGGUGGGGUAUCAACAAGCACCGCCACCUCUCCCACCCCCAUCCAGGGUCAUCCACAUGAUAACUGGCAGGCUCGAAGCAGGAGGCACAAGCUCCAAACAGCAGAAGCUGUAUGUGAGGGAAGUCAAGCACCACAAUACAGCUCAGAAAAGAAAAAUUGACGAGGAGGAUUGGAAAAACCAGUCUGUGACAUUCACUCCGGCUGACCUCGAGGGAGUCGUCGUUCCCCACAGUGACCCAUUGGUCACCUCGGUCAUCAUUAACAACUGUGAGGUCCAGCGAGCGCUCAUUGACACCGGCAGUGCUCCAGAUAUAAUGUUUUACCAUUGCUUUGAGAGCCUCGGACUCGACCCUGCCCUCCUGCAAAAAGCCACCCCGGUCGAGGAGGUCGAAGAGGUACAACUUGAUGAUAAUGACCCAUCCAAGAAGACUCAGAUCGGCACGAAGCUGACUCCCAUAGAAAAAGAAAAGGUCGUGGGCUUCCUAAAAGCAAAUAAGGAUGUGUUUGCAUGGACCUCGGCUGACAUGCCUGGAAUCCCAACUUCGGUGGCAGUACACAAACUCAGCACUGAUCCUUUGAGGAAGCCAGUGGCACAGAAGAGACGGCUUUUCGGGGGGGAAAGACUCAUAGCUAUUAAGGAGGAAGUGAAGAAGCUUUUGCAAGCAGGGUUUAUCAGGAGAGUAGAUUACUGCGAAUGGAUUGCCAACCCUGUCAUGGUAAAAAAGUCAAACGGGAAGUGGCGUAUGUGCAUCGAUUAUACCAACCUCAACGAUGCCUGCCUUAAAGACUGUCAUCCCAUGCCUAGCAUAGACAAGCUGGUAGAGGCUGCCUCAGGGAAUGAGAGGUUAAGCCUCUUGGAUGCUUACUCGGGGUAUCAUCAAGUCCGCAUGGCACCCGAGGAUGAGGUGAAAACCACAUUUUAUGCCGGAGAUGAAAUAUACUGCUAUGUGAUGAUGCCGUUUGGGCUCAAAAAUGCAAGAGCAACAUACCAGAAAAUGGUCACAAUCGUGUUUCAGGCUCAAAUUGGCAGAAACCUGGAGGUCUAUGUAGAUGACAUUGUUGUCAAAAGUUCUCGAGAAGAAGACCACUUGACCGACCUGGCUGAGACGUUCAACAACCUUAGAAGGUGUAGCAUGAAGUUGAACCCAGCAAAGUGCACUUUCGGCGUUGAAUCAGGUAAGUUUCUGGGUUUCAUGGUUUCUAAAAGGGGGAUAGAGGUCAACCCUGAGAAGAUAAAGGCAAUAGAAGAAAUGAAACCGCCGAGGUCAACCAAGGACGUGCAACGUCUGGCAGGGAGAGUAGCAGCACUGCACAGAUUUAUCUCCAAAUCAGCAGAUAAGUGUCCGCCUGUCUUUAAGGUGGCUUUUGACGAGCUCAAAGCCUACCUCAGCUCGCCGCCUCUACUGACUAAGGCUCAAGAAGGUGAAAUCCUUUAUCUUUACCUCGGAAUAUCUGAUACUGCUGUCAGUUCUGUCUUGGUUAGGGAAAUGGGGAAACAACAGCAACCAGUAUACUAUGCCAGUAAGGUGCUGCAGGGAGCUGAGCAGAGGUACUCAAUAGCAGAAAAGGCAGCCCUAGCAGUUGUUGUUACUGCAAGGAAGUUGAGGCCAUAUUUCCAAUCCCAUCCUAUUAUUGUGAUGACUGAUCAGCCUUUAAGACAGAUUUUGCAGAAACUAGAAUGCUCUGGGAGACUCAUCAAAUGGGCAGUGGAACCAAAUUCUGGGGCAGAAACAUGGACCCUGUAUGUCGAUGGAUCAUCUAAUAACAAGGGUUCAGGAGCUGGAGAAGUAUUAACUGGACCUGACAGCUUCCAGAGUGAACACGCUUUGAAGUUCAACUUCCAGGCCACAAACAACGUGACCGAGUACGAAGCCCUCCUCCUAGGAUUGCGUUUAGCGGCCGAGCUCAAAGUCAAACGCCUACAGAUUUACAGUGACUCACAGCUGGUAGUUAACCAAAUCAAUUCUAUGUGCGAAGUCAUUGAUCCCAUCCUGGCGAGAUAUGUGGCCGCAGUCUCUAAGCUGAAGAACCGUUUCGAGAAAUUCCAGCUUACAAAAAUUUCGAGAACAGAAAAUGAGCAUGCAGAUUCUUUGUCGAAAUUAGCAUCUGAGAACUCUGGGGAAGCAAAGUCUGUGUACAUCGAGAUACUGAAUGAACCGAGCUUUCAGACGUCGACGGUGAUGGAGAUCAGCACUAACCCAGAUGCUCCGAGUUGGACAGAUCCCAUCUGGGAGUACCUCCUCAAUGGUACCAUCCCAGGGGACAAACAGGAAGAGAUGAAGUUGCGAAGAAAAGCCUCUCGGUACACCCUAGUUGGCGACGUUCUGUACAAGAGGUCCUACUCGUUACCACUCCUCAGAUGCCUGACACCAUAUGAAGUAGAGUAUGCACUAAGGGAAGUACACGAGGGGGUAUGCGGUAGUCACGUGGGAGCCCGAACUCUGGCGCAUAAGCCAGCCGAAGAACUCACUAGCAUCACUGCACCAUGGCCCUUUGCUCAAUGGGGAGUAGACCUUCUGGGCCCCUUUGUCAAAGCAGUAGGAGGAGCAACGCAUUUAGUGGUCGCUGUUGAUUACUUUACCAAAUGGGUAGAAGCCAAACCUCUCUCUUGUCUGACUUCGAGAAGAAUCGAGGAUUUCAUCUUCAGCUUGGUCAUCUGCAGAUAUGGAAUACCAAACCAGAUUAUCGUUGACAACGGCCCCCAGUUCAAUUCCAUCUUGGAAGGAAUCAAGCCGAGGUUAGAUCAGCUGAAAACAAAGUGGGUAGAUGAACUCAACAACGUCUUGUGGGCUUACCGGACAACAAGCCGAACUGCCACAGGCGAAACGCCCUACCACUUAGCCUUCGGCACCAAGGCAGUCAUUCCUGUCGAAAUUGGUGUCCCAAGCCUAAGAAUUAGUCACUUUGAACUAGCUCAAAAUGAGCGUCUACUAAGGGAAAACCUUGAUUUCCUAGACGAAGUUCGAGAGCAAUCCCGACUUCGGACUCUAGCAUACAAACAAAGAAUAGCCAACCUUUACAAUAAGCGAGUCCGACCUCAAAACUUCAGAGUCGGUGACCUCGUCCUCAGAAAAGCUGGCUCACAGGGUUCGAGACCCGAUAUGGCAAGCUAGCACCAAAUUGGGAAGGCCCUUACAUUGUAACCGAGGUCCUGCACCCCGGAGCAUACAUUCUCCAGGAUGCCGAGGGCAAAAGGGUGCCUAGAGUUUGGAACGUCAACAAUCUUAAAAAAUUCCAUCCUUGAAAGUUCCUUUCUUUAUUCUGAGUUAGGCAUCUUUUUGUAAAUAACAUCCCAGUACAAUU